AUGCCUUCACUCAACAACCUUCUCACUCUCUCCUUGGCGGCCAUCGGUGCCCUCGCCGCUCCUGCUCGCGACUUCACCGCACGCGACAAAGACUACUCCAACAACACCUCUCCAUCCUCAUACCACUCCUCCAACAACCACCACAACCAAAAGGCCGACGAACCUCUCUGCCUCACCACGCACCAAGCCCAAGCCAUCGCAACAGACUACGGCCUCCUAAUCUCCGACUACACCGACGCUCUCGCCGAUAGUCUCCUCAUGCCCAAUUUCACCGACUACUCCCAAUCAGUCAACACCCUCAUAAACUCCUGUCCCCAAGGCUCCGAAGCCCACACUCUCCCCCUCUCCGCCCCGACCUUUACCUCCUUGGAAAAAUUUAAAGCAGGUCAAUCCCAACAACCUCCCAUCAACUUCGAACAACUCGCCAUCUUCCCCGCUUGUACCAGUGUCACAAUCCGCUGGCAAACAACCAAUACCGUCAACGCUACGGAUCUUUUGCCUACGGCGAAGGAAGGUGCGAGACCUGUUGUGGGAUUAAUCACGAUGGAUGCGAUUCCUGUUCCAGAGAGCAAGAUUGGAUGGAAAGUUCAUACUGUUUACUCGGAGUUUGAUUCGGGUGCUUGGUUGCAGAAUUUGAGAGACGCAGACAUUUGUGGAAACCCGGAGAAGAAUUUGGGAGCGCCGGAUGCUAAUCCGAAUUCGAACACGAACGCUGAAGCGGCAAGCGUAGGAGGUGCGGAGCCUUCUGGUGAUGGAGCCGCUCCUGCUACUUCGAGACCGGUGAAGAGGGCGAGGAUGUAUGUUUGA